AUGCAGAUGCUAACAAAGUUUGAGUCAAAGUCAAAUCGUGUGAAAGGUAUCGCCUUUCACCAGAAGCUACCGCUGCUUGCGGCCUCGUUGCACAAUGGAUCAAUCCAACUUUGGAAUUACCAAACGGGUACAAUUUAUGAACGACUGGAAGACCAUGAAGGUCCUGUUCGUGGCGUCUGCUUCCACCCGACGCAGCCUCUUUUGGUGAGUGGCGGCGACGACUUCAAAAUCAAGGUGUGGAACCACAAGACCGGCAAGGUCCUGUUCACCUUACAUGGUCAUUUGGAUUAUGUGCGUUCCGUGUUCUUCCAUCACGAACACCCAUGGAUUAUUAGUGCAUCUGAUGACCAGACCAUCCGUAUUUGGAACUGGCAAAGUCGCACCUGUAUUGCGGUACUGACCGGCCACAACCACUAUGUGAUGUGUGCUCAAUUCCAUCCGUACGAAGACCUGAUUGUAUCGGCUUCGAUGGACCAGACAGUGCGUGUAUGGGACUUUACAACACUCAAACAAAAGUCCACGACUGCGCAGCCAAUGAGCCUUGAAGAUCAGAUUGCACGAGCGAAUAGCACCCAAAUGGACCUCUUUGCCAAUAUGGACGUCGUGGUCAAAUAUGUGCUGGAGGGACACGACCGUGGUGUGAACUGGGCUGCCUUCCACCCCGCUCUUCCGCUUAUUGUGUCGGCCAGUGACGAUCGUCAAAUCAAGCUGUGGCGCAUGUCGGACACGAAGGCCUGGGAAGUCGAUACAUGCCGCGGGCAUUACAACAAUGUAUCUGCAUCCCUCUUUCAUCCACAUGCUGAAUUGAUUCUGUCGGUCUCUGAAGACAAAACCAUUCGCGUAUGGGAUAUGGGCAAGCGCAUUGCUGUCCAAACGUUCCGCCGUGAGAACGACCGGUUUUGGGUCCUUACGGCUCAUCCGCACCUGAAUUUGUUUGCUGCUGGGCAUGACAGUGGUCUGAUUGUAUUCAAACUAGAACGCGAGCGCCCGCCGUUUGCAUUGCAUGACCAUUCAUUGUAUUAUGUUCGCAACAAGCAGGUGCGCCAUAUGGACUAUAAUACAGGCAAGGACCAUGCGCUGCUCAGUAUCCGUCGCCUUGGUAACCAAUACGUCCAGCCCCGCUCUCUGAGCUUUAAUCCUGCAGAGCGUUCCGUCAUCGUGACGUCAAUCAAUGGCGACGUUGGUGUGUAUGAUAUUGCGCCGCUCCCGCAUUCGCCGCCUGCCGAGCUUGGUGAGAGUGGCGCCGUCGGAAGACGUGGUCAGGGCUCUACGGCAUUGUUUGUUGCACGCAAUCGCCUGGCCGUCUUGCAAAAGAGCCAGCAGCGUGUCGAAAUUCGUGAUCUAUUAAAUCAAGUCGUCAAGACCUUGAUGCUCCCGCAGCCGACUAACGAGAUCUUUUACGGUGGUCCAUCGCACUUGUUGCUUAGUACGGCAAUGGGAGUUCAGCUGUAUGAUACACAACAACAAACAGUGACCGGCGAAAUUGCCGCGCCAAGCGUCAAGUAUGCAGUUUGGAGCCCCGACGGUGCUCGUGUGGCUCUUUUGUCGAAGCACACCAUUACGCUGACUGACAAGCACUUUAGCUCGUCGCAUCUAAUCCAUGAGACGAUCCGUAUUAAGAGCGCAGCCUGGGACUCGAAUGGCGUCCUUCUGUACAGCACUCUGAACCACAUUAAGUAUGCUUUGCCACAGGGCGAUGUCGGCAUUAUAAAGACGCUCGAACAGCCGCUAUACCUUACACGAGUAAAAGGUUCGACGGUGUACUGCCUUGAUCGUCAAGCCUGUCCACGUACAGUGGUGAUGGACCCCACCGAGUACAAGUUCAAACUAGCGCUGCUGGAAGGCCGCUACGAUGAAGUGCUGAGUAUUAUCCGCACGUCCCGUCUGGUGGGUCAGGCAAUAAUUGCAUAUCUGCAAAAGAAGGGCUUCCCCGAAAUCGCUCUUCAUUUUGUGCAGGAUAAGACGACACGCUUUGAUUUAGCGGUGGAGUGCGGCAACCUCGAUGUGGCGCUCGAAACGGCGGAAGCUAUCAACGUGCCCGAGAUCUGGACACGUCUCGGUCAAGCUGCUCUCCGCCUAGGCGCGCAUCACAUCGUGGAGCGUGCGUACCAAAAAACCAAAGACUUUGACCAGCUGUCGUUCCUGUAUCUUAUAACAGGCAAUUUUGAAAAGCUGGCUAAGAUGACCAGCAUUGCUGAGCGCCGUGGAAAUGUACAAAGCCUGUACCACAAUGCUGUGUUUAACCAGGAUGCCGUGACGCAGACGCGCGUCUUGCAAGGCGCGGGCCUUGGUGUGCUUGCGUACAUUACGGCGCAGCGCUCUGGAGAUUCAACCUGGGCCGCCGAGAUCGCUCAGGAAUCGGGGUUGGAUGCUGAUGAAGCUCAAUCUCUGGCUGGCAUUCCUGUGUCGACAACGGCUGGACUGCCGCCUGUGGUAUAUCCAACAAGCCAACAGGACUGGCCACUUGCUGCGCCCACAGAGAACUUCUUUGACAAAGAGCUCGUGGCUGGUACCGACGGCGGCGUCAUUUUCGAGGACAAUGUCGUUGAUGCCCCGUCGCAUGAUAUUGACUCGUGGCUCGAGGGCGACGCGCUCGUGGACGACGAAGAGGAUGCAUACGGUGAGCCAAAUGCCGACGGCGGUAUAGUUGACCUAAACGAGGCAGAAGAAGCCUGGGAUCUCGAUGACGGUGUUGUGGCGCCGGCAGAAGAGGAGCUUGGUCAGCAGAUUGCGCCAUUGGCGGAUGUUGCGUCGCUAGAGGGCCUGACCGCGGGCAGCGCUGAGGAUGAGCACUGGCUUCGCAACUCGCCUGUGGCUGCAGAUCUCGCUGCGGCUGGUGCGUUUGAUACAGCUCUGCAGCUCUUGCAGCGUCAAGCGGGUAUCGUGUCAUUCACACCACUCGAGCCAUGGCUUUGGCGCUGCUUUGUUGCUGCUCGUGCUAUCGUCCCUGGUGCGCCGGGCAUGUCACCUCUUAUUGUGCAUUUGCGACGCAAUAAUGAGGCAAGUGAAGGCGAUCUCGGCAAGGUGCUCCCAGCGUCUCCGUUACGCUUGUCGUACCUGGAGACGCACCAUCUGGCUUCUGCGUAUCGUGCAGUAAGUGGAAACAAGCUGCACGAUGCUGAGCAUGAGUUCCGUUCGCUACUGCACAUGCUGGUGCUCACGCCUGCACUCAACGAGCUGGAAGCUCAGCGUAUCUUGGAGCUCAUUGGCGAAUGCCGGGAGUAUUUAAUUGGUAUUUCGAUCGAGCUCGAACGCCGUGCAUUGGCGGCUGACGCGGCGCAGGCCAACGAGCCCGCGCAGGUCGCCCGCAUCGUGGAAUUGGCUGCUCUGUUUACGCAUGUGCAGAUGCAGCCACAGCACCAGAUGUUGGCGCUGCGCAUUGCCAUGAUGGAAGCUCGUCGGGUCGGUAACCUCGCUAUGGCUGGCCACUUUGCUCGUCGACUUAUUGAGUUGCAGCCACCCGCCAAGGUCGUGCAGGUGGCUCAGCAGAUCGUGUCCCUCUCUGAUCGCCAGCCACGCGAUGCCGUGCAAGUGUCUUCAUACUCCGUGCACGAGUCUGACUACGUCAUUUGUGCUGGCAGCCACACCCUUAUUCCUGCUGGCGGCAUGAAUGCUGUCGAAGACCCCUUGACCGGCGCCAAGUAUCUGCCUGAGUUCCGUGGCUCGCUGUGCAAGGUUAGUCAUAUUAGUGAAGUGGGUCGUCUAGCUACAGGCCUGCGUAACCUCGCGUAA